AUACGCGACUUCGACACACGUGGAAAAUGUGGCUUCCUAUAUCUGAUCCCUGAUUGGCUGUUUGUUGUUGAAGAGUGCAUUUUUUAAUAAUGGGUUUAAACUGGAUUGGUAUCGGACUCAUGGUCCUCAUCCUGAACGUGGCUGCUAAUGAUGAGGAGGAACACAAAGCUAUGGUGAAGCGACAAAUCAACAGUGUGCCUUUAGUUUAUCCUCAAGGAGGUACUUAUAAGUUGAUUAUCGGUUUAUCAGCACCGAUUAAAUCGGAGGACUACGUGAGUCUGGCCUUCGCUGCGAACUUCCAGUACCAGUACCAGCAAUUCCAAAAUAUAAGUGAAUUAUCUCAGUACUAUUUCAUUAAGACUGUGUCUAGAGAACAGAGAGAAGCCGAGAUCGCUGCUAGAAAGGACGAGAGGCUCACAUUUUAUACUGCUGUCGCUGAUAUGCUGCGAUCGAAGGGUAUAAACGGUGAGGAGUGUGUUUACCGAGCGAUCUGUGAGGCUGCGCAGUAUCCUGUUGAAGAAGAGGGCUUAGUAGGAGAGAUCAUACAUAUACUGCUUACGCCAGACUAUGGAAAGACGGCGUUUGAUGACAAGGACGAGGACCUGGACUAUCUGAUGGCGUCCUACAAUGAUGCGGCUACUGCUGGGCGGCAGAUGUUCAACUGUGCUUCCAUCUACUCCGGAUGCCCAGAGGGCCAGGGUCUGAUGGAGAUGUUCAGCGUGCUCAGAGACGAAUAAAAAGAAUUAUGGCGUCUUUGAAAAUAAGUACAAUAAGUUUCAGACUAGUGGCUAUUGGAUAGAAUGACUUUAAAACAUGUUCUUAAAAAUAAAUGUCUGGCUGUGCAUUCGUAUCUUACGAAUGACUUCAUCAAUUUAACAAUUUUUUUUAUUGUUUUAUUAUUAUUGUAAGAUUUUUAAGAUAGAAAUAAA